UGCAGCCUUACUGAUGACGUUGCACAAGGAAGCUAAACAUGGCGUCCGGGCAGCAAUGGGUGUUGGUGGAAAUGGUGCAAGCGUUUUAUGAGGCUCCUGCUUAUCACCUGAUUCUGGAGGGGAUCCUCAUACUGUGGAUCAUCAGACUCCUGUUCUCUAAGACCUACAAACUUCAUGAGACCUAUAAACUGACAGAGAAGGAAAAGGAGGACCUGAUUGAGGAGUGGCAGCCAGAGCCUCUUGUUCCUCCUGUAUCCAAAGACCAUCCCUCCCUCAACUAUGAUAUUGUCACUGGACCUCCUAGCCACAAAAUCAUAAUCAAUGGGAAAGAGUGCACUAACUUUGCAUCAUUUAACUUCCUGGGUCUCCUCGACAAUGAGCGGGUUAAGCAAAAGGCUUUGGCAUCACUGAAGAAAUAUGGCGUGGGUACAUGUGGUCCAAGAGGCUUCUAUGGAACCUUUGAUGUUCACCUGGAGCUUGAGAGUCGUCUGGCAAGAUUCAUGAAAACAGAAGAGGCCAUUAUCUAUUCAUAUGGCUUUGCAACCAUUGCUAGUGCAAUUCCUGCUUACUCCAAGAGGGGGGACAUCAUCUUUGUGGAUGAAGCAGCCUGCUUCUCCAUCCAGAAAGGUCUUCAAGCAUCCCGCAGCUUUAUCAAAUACUUCAAACACAAUGACAUGGAGGAUCUGGAGAGGCUGCUGAAGGAGCAGGAGCUGGAGGAUCAGAGGAAUCCUCGUAAAGCACGAGUGACCCGGAAGUUCAUUGUAGUGGAGGGGCUGUACAUCAACACUGCAGACAUCUGUCCUCUCCCUGAACUGGUGGAGCUGAAGUACAAGUAUAAAGUGCGGAUCUUUCUAGAGGAGAGCCUGUCUUUUGGUGUUUUGGGAGAACAUGGCCGCGGAGUCACAGAACAUUAUGGGGUCAAUAUAGAUGACAUUGACCUGAUCAGUGCUAACAUGGAGAACGCUGUGGCCUCUAUAGGAGGCUUCUGCUGCGGACGCUCCUUUGUCAUCGACCACCAGCGUCUGUCAGGUCAAGGUUACUGUUUCUCUGCAUCUCUGCCUCCCAUGUUGGCUGCUGCUGCCAUCGAGGCCCUCAACAUCAUGGAGGAAGAUCCAGAUAUUUUUGCUGUCCUGAGGAAAAAGUGCAAACAUGUUUACAAGGCUUUACAGGGAACUCCAGGUCUGAAGUUAGUGGGAGUACCAUUUGCCCCAGCUCUUCACUUACAGCUGGAGAGAAGUUCAGGCUCCAGAGACUCUGACAUGCAGCUGCUGCGCUCUCUUGUAGAUUAUUGUUUGGAAGGACAGGUGGCUCUGACCCUCGCUCGUUACUUGGAAAAAGAGGAGCGCUUCCUCCCCCCUCCCAGCAUCAGAGUGGUGGUCACCAUUGAACAGACAGAAGAGGACAUCCAGAAGCUUGUGUCCUGCAUCCAAGAGGCAGUUUCAGCUAACCUCAAAUGACCAUGAAGUGUUUGUCACUGCUGAAAGUGAAGCGACAUCACUGGAGCUUCACCAGCAGUCCCUGUUUUUACUGCAGACUUUGUUUGUGUUUCAUUCUUUAAGUUUAAGUGUUCUUUUACCUGUAUCACGUGUCAUAACCAAAGCACAUGUACUACGUGUUGUAUAUUGUCAUGAAUGUGAGUGUGUCAGCAGAGACCUUUCUGCUGUAAAUAAUAAUGGCCCCCAGUGAUUCACAAAGAAAAAUAACUGCAGUGAGAACUAGACUUGAUCUUCACAGGCCAGUUGCUUUAUAUACUGACCAAAGGUCUCUUUGGUGCACAGUAUCUUAUUUAAUAGUCUGCUGUCUGUUAGAACAUUACAUGUCUUUACAUGCCACUGCUUGUUUUAGCUCAAAUACACAGAUUGUCACAACUGAA